GUUGACAGUAUAGUAGCUUUUUGCUGUGUGCUUUUACAUAAAUAGGUUUUCUGGUGGGAGUGCCAUCACCUAAAGUAGCAUAAACAUGAACUAACUAUCUUGAAUUUAUGUCAUGGUAAAUAUGCCCGGUACCGUAACAAUGCACAUCAGUGAACUACUUAUCAAAUUGCAGUUUCUACUAAUACCUUUAAGCAGUGUCCAUUACAGUGGGCUGAGUGUGUUGUGGUCAGUUAAAUUCUUAAGCCAGUCAGACACUUUUCUGACAGGCCAAUCUUUUCAAACCCUAGUCUAUGUUGCCUAGCUAGUAUUGGCCACUGAUAUCCUGUAUUUGGAGUUUAUUGGUGCUUGAUGCCAAACUUUGCUUGGGUGCAAUUCCGAAAUCCGGUGGAAAAUGUAUUAGCUAACAAAUUGAGAUUAGAAAGUAUGAUACAUACAUACACAGGUAACCCAUAUCAGCUAAGUAAAGUAUUAUCAUAGUGCAGGUAUUAUCUCUGUGGCCUUGUCUUCAUUGAUUAGGCACUAGUUUUUAAUUAAAAUAGUUACUUUUAAACUAUGAAUUAUUCUUUUCACAUAGCUACAGAGUAAUUUAAAACUAAGUAUUUUUUUAUGUAAAGCUUUACAAUUAUUAAUUGAAAAUAAUAACUCAAAAUUGUCAACAUCUACUUACAUACCUGAAUACUGAUUGUUUGUAAGCAUCCAUUACCAACAAACAAUAGGGAUAGGUAGUUAUGAACCCUCAACCCCUUAGAGUAAUCCAAGUACGCGCCUAGGCUUGCAUGCCUUGCACUUUCCAGGUGGUCUGUUAGCAGUAAGUUAGAGUAAGCAAAUUUUUAUCUUGUUUAGCUCGUAAGUCAUUUUGGUCAUUGAAUAUAUCAGAUCGAUUUAGCAUGCGCUUCUGCUAAGACGUGUCUCGUUUUAAUUAAAUAAUUAGUUUUUAAAAACCUUCCGAUCGCUCCCGCAAUCUUGACUGGCGCAGCCGAUUCGGUAGGAUAACUGAAUUAUCCCGUGAAAAUUCGGUUAUAGAACUCUUACCGGUUUUCCGCGCGUUCCGGGAAACGCGCCGCGGAUAGUGUUAACAGUGUCCUACUGCGAACCAAACAAAUGUGUCAAGGCGGAAGGAUUAUACCGACCGGCUGGUGAGUACAACUUUUCACCUCCUGUCCAAAUUCCCUCUACAAGUAAAAUUUCUUGGGUUAUCUUGAGAUAAGAACUCUCUCAUUAUAACGUUAUCUAUGUAUAGUUAGAAAUAUUAGUACUUACUAAAAUUUGUAAUAUAUAUAUACCUAUAAAUACUUGUGUUAUAAAUAAGAUUAAAAUUUAAACUUAGACUAAGUGAAUUGUGUAAUAAAAUAUUCAAAAUGCCUGAUCAGGUAGGCAUGGAGAGUAUAACGCUCAUUCCGGGCGAAGUACUAAAGAUCAUACCCAUCUUUAAUGGGGAUAAACGCAUAUUAAAUUUGUUUUUGGCUAAAAGCGAAUAUAUUAUAGAAAGAUUUAGAGGUAAUGAGGCCCAAGACACAUAUAUCAUGCAUGCUAUAACCAGCAGACUAGCAGGUGAUGCUGCUGCCCUUGUAAGUGAGAGGCAGGAUAUUAUGCACUGGGAUAAUUUUAAGGAAUUACUCGUGCAACAUUUUGGAGACCCGCGAAACGAAGAGUGUAUUGCCAUAGAAUUAGAAACUCUCAAAAUUAAUCCUAACGAAAGCUAUCUUGAUUUUUGCAACAGGAUCCAGUCAGUGCGUUCUAUUUUAAUUUCAAAGGUAAAUAGAAUCGAAGACGCGAACAUAAAAAAUAGUAAAAUUGCUAUUUACACCAAUACGUCACUCAACGUAUUUUUGUACAAUCUCCCCGAAAAUAUGGUGCGCAUUGUUCGCCUUAAAGCCCCCGCUACUUUGGAAAAAGCAUUGGAAAUUGUAUUGGAGGAGGUCAAUUUCCACGAUCAGUAUGUUAUGCGUAAUAAAAUGACUCUUCCUAGCUCUAUGGUAAAGUCUCAGAACACACUAGUAACAACGCCCACACAAAAACUCGACGCAAAGCUUAUCAGUUAUGGCCAACUCCAGCCAACCGGCCUUAGACCGAUAUUACCCACCGGUUACACCCCUCGAUUUAAUAAUAGUAUGGCAGUCCAAUCAUUUAAUAAUCAACCCUAUGGCUACAGGCCGCAGUUAGGGAACAGCAAUCCACAAAUUGGGUAUAGGCCACCACAGCCACAAUUUGGCUACAAGCCUCCGCAAUUCGGAUACAAACCCCCGCAGUUCGGAUACAAACCCCCGCAGUUCGGCUAUAGACCACAGUUUGGUAUGACAACUGCACAAAAAUUCGGAAAUAAUAAUCCUCAACAAAUUGGGUACAAACCCACAGUCCCUAUUUGGAACAAGCCCGCGGCCGCACCACAGCAUGUUUAUUCAAACGAUGUGUCGAUGAGAACCGCACCUCAGAGACCUAACCAGGGUUUUAAAUUAAAUGAACUGUGCCUCUACGAAGAGGACCAAUACCAACCAAAUUAUUACAACCCGGAGCAGUACGUCUACCUAGACGAUGUACCUGCAGAACAAGUACAUCAUCCAGAUAUCGAAGGUGGUGUCUGGUCACCCUGACCCUGAUCACGUUGAGCCAGGCCCAUCAUCUGCUCAAAAUUGAGAAAAACCCAGGCGUACUACCCGUUAAACGAGGCCAUGCUUAUAAGCAGGAAGAUAAGUGGAUUAUUAUUAAAGUGUUAGAUUUAAGCGACUUAUACAAAGAUUUAGUUUUUAACAUAGAUAAGUAUAAUGAGUUUUCUAAAUUAGUAGAUAUAAACAAACCAAAUGCAUAUGAGUUUUUCGAUUUACGCAAACAGGUAGAUUUCCUUAAAGAAAAGGCUAUAAGUAAAUCCGGAGAGCUAACGCCCACGCGUAGAUUCAAACGAGGCAUUAUCAACCCCUUAGGAUCACUGAUUAAAGUAAUUACAGGAAACCUGGAUAAUCAAGACGCUAUUCGUUACGAGUCACUAAUAUCUCAGUUAAAGGGCAAUCAGAUUAUUACAGAUAAGAAAAUUAUGGUUAUCUCCAAAAUGAUGGACAGUUUCAUAAAUAGUACUGAAACAUUACAUGAAAAUACUUUAACAUUAGACGCACGUUUCAAAAAGAUGGAAAAACUUGUAAAAACUAUAGCAAAUAAGGAAACCAGUUAUAUAUACUCAGUAUACAUUUUAAGUAUGUUUAAUAUGUUCUUAAAUAAUUUUCGAACCAUUCAUACUACUAUACAAGAAAUUGAAACUGCGUUGGCCUUCAGCAAAUUGUCGGUAUUACACCAAAGUAUUGUGAACUCUACAGAAUUAUUAUCUUUGUUACAAUCUAUUUCUAAAAAUGCAAAUUUAAUGUACCCAGCAACUCUUGAAAAUUUGGUUAAUCUGGAAAAGACAAUAAUUGUUAAAAGCUAUGUAAAAGAGAGUCAGAUAACGUUCAUAAUGGAGGUACCCUUAAUAGAUAAUAAUACCUAUAGCUACUAUCAAAUAUAUUCACUACCUAUAUAUAAUAGCAGUCGCAAUAUAACCCAAGUAAUUAUUCCCAAACACCCCUACCUAUUGGUGAAAGGUUCGGAAUACCUGCCGGUCCAACACCCCUGCGAGCAGCUCGCCUCCGACGACCAGUUCCUGUGUACCGAGGAUAGCACUGUCUUGUACUCACCACCUACCUGUGUAGAACAGCUGAUGAAAUUUAGUAUAAAUUAUAAUGCCUGCACCCCAUACGCUAUAGAUAUAGAGACAAUCAAAGUUCAACGGAUUGACUCUACCAGCUGGAUUUUAUAUGCACGAGAAAAAUCCAUGUUCUCCACUCAAUGUCAGAAUGAUAUAACACAUCAACAGAUACAAGGCACCUAUAUACUAACUAUAUCUAACAUAUUAUGUGAUUACCAGCUGGAGAAUUUCUACCUACACCAUAGACAACACUAUUUUACUAGUCUACAGUACAAGGCGCUACCAAUAAUAGAUCUACCAGAGCUUCCACAAGACAACGUGACUACAUCCCGCACCGUGAACGUGAAGGGUGUCAAUUUAGACAACCUACGACAGAUGUAUAACACUCUACAAAGUGAAAUUAGUGAAAACAGUGAAAAUAUCUCAAUGCCCACAGUGCAAGUGAAAAGUGUUAGCUUAGCAACCCUUAUUCUGUAUUUCUUGUUAAUCAUAUGUGCCAUUGGUUUUUCUAUGUAUAGUUAUAGAGUAUUGAUAAUGUCGAAGCUUCGAAAUUCCCGGAAUCAAGAAUCUUCCAGUAAUUUCGAUCUUGGGGAUGGAGGAGUUAUGAACCCUCAACCCCUUAGAGUAAUCCAAGUACGCGCCUAGGCUUGCAUGCCUUGCACUUUCCAGGUGGUCUGUUAGCAGUAAGUUAGAGUAAGCAAAUUUUUAUCUUGUUUAGCUCGUAAGUCAUUUUGGUCAUUGAAUAUAUCAGAUCGAUUUAGCAUGCGCUUCUGCUAAGA